CGACUCCGAGCCCCCGAGCUGCAUCCACCAAGGAAAAAAAAAAUUAAAGCGUUACUCCACACGUACUGGUCUUUCUGUUACCCACUAUGGGGACAGCCUCGCAGUCAAACAACAGCCCGAGCCAUGGUGGUCCGAAUAAGGCUCUAGGGCGUCUUUUAGCGGGGGAAGCCGCGUCUGUCGUGACGCAGUGAGCGACGACAACCUUACCAUUUGUGGGCAAGCUCAACGCCACAAAAAGCUUAGGAGUCAUCGCGCCGAAAGGAUAAGUACAGACGGUAGUCCCCGUAGGCUGGGGAUGUUGGCGACCAGGAGGAAAUAAACAGACAAUAACUGCAAAUCCUGCUGUGAUUCGCUUUAUCUGCUGACUGCAAUAUGAAUACGUCAACGAUGCAGGUGCCUUCGCAGCACCGCCGGUCAAUGUUCGACCAUAACAACGCCCUCUUCGAUUUCAAUCCUCAAUUUGAACAGGUCUUCCUGUCAAUCCUCCCAUCCGCGAUAUUCAUUGUGCUUGCUGCUUGGUCAACAUGGGCACAAUUUCGCAAGCCUACUGUCUUGCACGCUCCGGUGUCCAAGUACAUGAAAUUUGCUCCCCUUGUGCUACACGCUGGUUUAGAACUGGUUCUCCUUGUUUUGAGUUCUACUGGAUUCACCGUUGAGACAACCAGCACCCUAGUGGCAUCGUCUGCACUCAAAUUCGUUGCCUCGCUCUUGAUGAUUUCAGUCAGCCUGAUAGACCACUCCAAGAGUGUCCGUCCUUCUCUACUUCUCCCAGGAUAUCUUGCGCUACUCGUGCUAUUUGAUGCUGUUCAGACCCGUACUAGCUUCUUAACUGACCAGCAAGACAACGCCAUCGCUUAUAGCGGGGUGUUUACAGCGUCAUUGGGACUCAAAUUGGUCAUCCUAUUCCUCGAAAGCCAGUCGAAAUCCGGCUUCUUUUCUUGGGACGUCAAGGAACAUAGCCCUGAAGAAACUAGCAGUAUCUUCUCCCUCGGCGUUUUCUUUUGGCUCAACAACCUCUUUCUGACAGGCUACAAGAAGAUUCUUGCAAUCAAGGAUCUUUAUCCCCUUGAUAGCGCACUAGAAAGCAGACGCAUGCAACAAAAGCUCGAGCUUAAACUGGAUUACAACAGACUUAACGGUGAUAAGUUUGGUCUCGUGAAAGCCUUGGUUCGCACUUUCAAGGCCAAUCUCCUCAUGCCCGUAAUCCCACGACUUGCACUUCUCGGCUUCACCUUCUGCCAACCUCUCUUCGUUGAAGAACUUCUCAAACAUUUGGCACAAAAGCAUAUUGAUGACAAUACUGGCUAUGGCUUCAUUGGUGCUUCAGUCCUUAUUUACGCAGGCAUCAGUCUUUCCACCUCUCUCUGCUGGUACUUGCAUCGAAGAACUUUGACAAUGAUCCGUGGAGCGCUUGUGGUGGAAAUAUACAAAAAGACUUUGACCAUCAAGGGCGAUAACAGCAAUGAGAGUUCUGCAGUGACCCUCAUGAGUAGCGACAUGGAACGCAUCAACAAUGGACUCCUUUCUCUCCAUGACUUCUGGGCCUGCAUCAUCCAGGUCGCCAUUUCAUCAUGGAUGCUCUACAGACUACUCGGCCUUGUCUUCUUGGCUUCUAUCGGAAUGUGUAUCGCCUGCUUUGCUGGAUUAAUGAUCCUCAUGAGGUACACUGGCGGUUCGCAAAGAACAUGGAUGGCCAAGGUACAGAGCCGUGUUGGGUUGACAGCCACUGUCAUAUCAAACAUGAAAAAUUUGAAAAUGUCAGGGCUCUCAUCCACCAUUUACGACCAUGUGCAACGAUUUCGCGUGGAUGAACUUGCGGCUGGUAUCAACUUCCGUACCAUCAGUAUUCUAGCUGCACUUCUCGGCUUCACUCCCAUGUUUAUCGGACCGCCACUGACAUUUGCAUUGGCAGAGCGAGACCUAGAUGCGUCAAAGAUCUUCACAAGUCUUUCUCUUAUGCUCCUCUUAGCCAUGCCCCUAUCCCAAAUCUUCCAGUUUACCCCACAGCUCAUGUCUGCGGUCGCGUGUUUGGGAAGAAUCCAGGCUUAUCUCGAGAGGGAAGACCGUCUAGAUUACCGCCAAGUUGCAUCUGCACCAGACUCAGCGGAUAACAAGAGCGAAAAGACUUCAGGAGAUCUAUCAGACUCACAACCACGCGAAUCCAACGUUUUAACGAUCCGAGAUGGAGCGUUCGGCUGGGAGGCAGGCAAGAUGGUUUUGCAAAACAUCAAUAUGCAAGUACCAAAUGCAUCGCUCACCAUUGUGGUAGGGCCCGUAGGUUCCGGCAAGUCUACUCUAUGCAGAUCGUUGUUGGGUGAAGUGUCGUACAACGAGGGCACGGUGAUGCUUGCAAAGCCUACUUCGCAUGUCGGCUUCUGUGACCAGACUGCUUUCCUAUUCAACGGCACUAUCCGAGAAAAUAUUAUUGGUUUCUCAGCAUUUGAUUCAGAGAGAUACGCCAGCGUUAUUCACGCAACAGCGCUUUCCUUCGACUUGACCACGCUUCCAGAUGGAGACAAGACAAACAUCGGAUCCGACGGUAUUACUCUCUCCGGAGGACAGAAGCAGCGCGUUUCUCUCGCAAGAGCCCUCUACUUGGAUGCCGAUUUGCUAGUCCUAGAUGACGUGUUCAGUGGCCUCGAUGCUGAUACAGAAGAGCAAGUCUUCUCGCGCACCUUUGGUGAAGAUGGUCUUCUUCGUCAACGCGGAACUUCAGUUGUUCUCUGUACGCAUAGCUUCAAGCAUCUCGUUUUCGCGGACCAGAUUAUUGCUCUCGGAGACGGUACCAUUGCUGAACAGGGCCAAUUUUCUGAGCUUAUCGAGAAAGGUGGAUAUGUUUCUGGACUGGGCCUCAAAUUGAAAGAUCGCAGCCCCUCGCCUGGUCAGAGUGAGGAUGGCAGCCAUGACUCAAAUAUGUUGUUUGCUCCUCACACGAGAGAAGUUGAUUUACCUGACAGCCAAGAGAACGAAGCCAAGAGACAAGUGGGAGAUAUGACCAUUUACAAAAGAUACUUUAAGAGUAUGGGUGCUUUAACCGCUUCCAGCUGUCUCAUCUUUGCCGCUCUUUGGGGCUUUUUUGUAAACUUCCCAACUAUUUGGUUGAAAUACUGGACCGAGGACAACGCUUCACGGUCCCCGUCUCACAGCUUCGCCUACUAUGCCGGUAUAUAUGCACUGCUUCAGAUCUGCGCUUUAGUGUCGCUUCUUUUACUGGCUAUUGCUAUUUUCAUCGUUGCUAUAAAGCGAACUGGCUCCAGCAUUCACAGCAACGCACUGAAGACUGUUAUUCACGCCCCCCUAAGCUUUUUCACCUCAACAGACACCGGUGCUGUCACAAACUUGUUCUCGCAAGAUUUGAAUCUCAUUGAUACGGAGCUCCCCAACUCUUUCCUGAACACUAUUUCAGCAGUAUUCGAGGUCCUGGGACAAGCAGCCGUCAUGCUAACCGCAUCGCCAUAUCUGGGAAUCACAUACCCUUUUCUCGCAGCAUUUCUAUAUCUGGUUCAAAUGUUCUAUCUGCGAACUUCAAGACAACUCCGACUUCUCGACCUAGAAGCAAAGAGCCCUCUUUACUCGCAUUUCCUCGAUAGCAUCAAGGGUAUCGCCACCUUGCGAGCAUUUGGCUUCCUUUCUGAUGAAAUGGACAAAAGCAUUGGCUUGCUCAACCUGAGUCAGCGUCCAGCCUAUCUUCUGAUGAUGACGCAGCAAUGGCUUAACCUUGUCCUGGAUCUACUCGUAAUGGUUCUAGUUGGUAUCCUGACGACUCUAGCUGUUCGCGUACACUCUGACGCUGCCUUCACCGGAGCUUCACUGGUGACCUUGAUGUCUUUUGGACAAACUUUGGGUGGCAUCGUCAUCUUCUAUACCCGUUUGGAGACUUCUAUCGGCGCCAUCGCGAGACUUAAAUCGUUCAGUGAGACUGUCCAGCCAGAGGAUCAGCCCCACGAGGACAACGUUCCCCCCACACAGUGGCCUCAACAAGGCGUUAUAACGUUCAAAGGAGCCUCUGCUAGUUACGAACAAGUUGAAAAUGAAAAGCAGGCGAAGUUGGCUCUUAACAAUAUCGACUUAACAAUUGCGUCUGGUGAGAAGAUCGCCAUUUGUGGGCGUACUGGUAGUGGCAAGUCAAGUCUCAUUGCCCUCAUCCUGAAGCUGCUCGACCCUCUCCAGAGUUCAAGAGAAGCUACGACAAUCGAUGGGCUGCCUCUGGAUCGCAUUGAGCGAUCGGCUCUUCGACAGCGCAUCUUGGCAGUGCCACAGGAGGCAGUUUUCAUUCCCGGUGUUAGCUUCCAAACCAACUUGGAUCCUUUCGGUGUCGCCACUGCCAGCGAAUGCGAAACUGUCUUGAAAGCCAUCGGGCUCUGGGACUUUGUUACGGAGCGCGGCGGUCUCUCGUCAGACAUGACUCCUUCCACAUUGAGCGCAGGACAGAAGCAGCUGAUAUCCCUUGGCCGUGUUAUGCUCCGCCGCAAAGUUAGGUCUCGAGAAAUGGCUGCUGAGUCUUUGACCGAAGGCGGCAUUCUUCUGCUUGAUGAGGUCAGUUCCAGUGUGGACCGACACACCGAGACCUUGAUGCAAGAAAUCAUCAGAACCGACUUUAAGGGAUACACAGUCGUAUCUGUCAGUCAUAGACUAGACAUGAUUAUGGAUUUCGAUAGAGUUGUCGUCAUGGACAAGGGUAGCAUCGUCGAAGUUGGCAACCCUCUUGCAUUGGCAGCCCAGGACGACAGUAGAUUUGGAGAUCUUGUUAGAGCUGCUUCAUCGUAGAGAAAAGCAUUUAGAAUUUGCUAGAAAGUAAAUAAUACAUUGCCAAUUACAUGAAAACUUUUGAUUACUGUUCUAAAAGUCGGGGACUUGCGUUCCCAUGUUCUUCUCUCUAGCCACCUUGACGAGAUGCAUGCCGACCACCAGAUCCAUCAGUCCGAGACCGACACUCUUGUAGAUAACGUUACCGUCGCGCAGCCAGCGACACAGUGUAUCCUCAUGUGACUUUUUAUCACUUUGUUCCGAUGAUGUGUGUGAGCUAGAGCGGAAAGGUAGGUGGAAGCUAGACUUGUGCCCUGAAGAGGUGUGGGAGCCUGACGGACUGGACGGGCGAGACGGGUGGCCGGAGCUUCCGUAGACACUGGACAUGGAAGAAGCACCGUCCUUGAUUGAAAGCUGCUCGGACUCGGACUCUGCAAUCGACUCUGUUUCGGAUUCCUCAAUCGCAAGGCGACGAAGCAUUACAAGUUCGCCCAAUCUAUACAGCGCAUUAGUAGACCGUCACAGCUCACGCCUCUCAUAACACUUACUCAACAAGACUUGUAGCAGGGAUCUUGGCAGUAAUAAUCUCACCAGCCUCUUGUAAUACACCUUCCAGUGUAUCAACAAUGAUGGCACCACCUUCUUCAGCAUGCUUGUGGAAAUGGCGAUGGCUUUUGUCAUGGCGCUUGACUGCCUGCAGAAGAAGACCCUCUGGAAGCUCUCGCAUCUCUGGUGUGAAGCUACCAACUGCCACAAUAAGACGGCCCUUCUUUCUACCCUCGGUGUUUGUCAGAAUAGACCCGUCAAAGAGAUCCUGUCUAGACGGCGUGCAGCAGUAAAUCACAUCCGACGCACGGAGGUGUUCCUUCAACAAGCGGUCGUACUCGUGAAACGACGGUGUCAGGAUGGCAAACUUAGUGCCGAACCAGCCUUCGCGUUUCUUGACGUCCGCAGGGAUGAUUGUAAACUUCUUCAUAAUCUCACCAGCGCUGUCCGAGAAGCGGUGGUUGAUAAUAUGGACGUUCUUAAUGGAACUGCCGCGCAUCAUCAGGGCAAGGCGCACAUGCCAGUACGCCUGCAUACCACUGCCGAAUACAGUGAUUGUCUUGACAUGGUUUCUUCUCGACAGUAAACAGGCCGAGCCGAGAGCCGUGCGGAACGCCGUCAAGGUGCUUGCGUGGACGAGGCCAAGAGGCGAGCCAUCUGGUGAAAAGAGGUUGACGACGCCAGUGGGGCUGAUUGGUUUGACUGAGGGAUCCUGGGUAUCUUUGGAUGUCGUUAGAGAAACAACUGUUUGCAGAAUGUUAGUUCUGUAUCUAUAGCGCGCAUGUACGCUACAUCUUGCCUUUGCAUCCCAUGCCGUCGGGGCCACAAGAUGGCAUGUAGAGAGUCGUAGCCUUGGUGCCUGGAUGGCAAGUAGUUAUUCGAUGAGGCUGCUGGAAUGCGCCAUCUUGGUCAGCCUGCGCAUUUGUCGAGAAUUCGUGAAGGCCAGAGGCGAGAACGUGGCGGAACUCUUCGAGCUCGUCGAGGUUGAGCGUCUCCAAGAUGUCGGCCACCUGCGUGUCGGAGAGCACAGUGAGCGUCAUGAUGUCGGGUUUUUAUUCGAGUUGUUUCGUCGGAUGCAGCCUUUUGCCAAUAAGAAAGAGGUUGAAACUGGCAAGUCAGCGCAUUGCCCGCACAUCGGAGGCUGCUCUCCGGUGCGGUGCGGGUGGA